AUGUCAAAAAGAUACUACGAGUUAGAGUCAGAAACCGUAAUUUAUAGCAGUAAUAACAAGUACCAGAAACUAUCCAAAGACGAUAUAGCUUGGCUAAGUGAUGAUUCAGAUUGUGAAGUAGUAUUAAAUCCUCAGAUUUCUUCAAUAACAAAAACAACCAAGGUUCAACCAAUAACAGCCAAUGUACAAAAGCCAUUAAUCAAACUUGAUCAGAGUGUCAAUACUGUUAUUCAAUCAGAUAAUAGCACUAGCAUUACAAAGAUACCACAAAAAGUAUUAUCAACACCCAAUCCUAAAAAUAUAACCAAAAAUAAAAACGCUUCAAUUACUCACAUUAACGAAUCCAUCAGAUCUAAAAGAAACAUUUCUAUCAUUAGUGACGCUACAAAAAUCAAGCCCCCUUCAAUUGAUAAAGAUAUUGAAAAUUCAAUACAAUUGGACAAAGAGACAGCUCAGGUGUUACCAAUAAGAAAUUUUAAUGAAACAUCUCCUUUUUUUGAAAAUACCAAGAAUGAUUCAAAAUCAAAGGAAAAAAUGAAUAAUGCACAAUUACUCUUUUUGACCCAAAGACCAAAUACCCUUAUGGCCCUAAAUGAUCAUCAGAAAAUCAUUGAACCAUCUAUUCAACAAAUUGCUGGAAGCUCAAUCGUAAGGAAAAAAGUGAAAAGUCAUUUGUUGAGUGAGGAACAGCGCCAGGUCAUUGAAUUGGCUAAACGUGGUUAUAACAUUUUUUAUACAGGGUCAGCUGGUACAGGUAAAUCAGUUUUAUUGCGAGCAUUAAUCAAGGAAUUAAGAGAAUGCAAUGGUACGGUUGCUGUUACUGCUUCAACCGGUUUAGCAGCCUGCAAUAUCGGUGGCAUAACCUUGCAUUCUUUUGCGGGCAUUGGUUUGGGAAACGGAUCAGAUGUACAAUUAUUCAGAAAAGUUAGGAGAAAUAGGAAAAACACCGAAAGAUGGAAAGAAACAGAUGUGCUAAUUGUUGACGAAAUAAGUAUGAUUGCUGGAGACUUGUUGGAUAAAUUGGACUAUGUCGCUAGACAUGUUAGGAAAAGAUAUAACGAACCUUUUGGUGGAAUUCAGGUCAUAUUUUGUGGUGAUUUUUUUCAAUUACCACCUGUAAAUAAACCAAAGGAUAGAAACCAAAUUCAAGACGUUAAGUUUGCAUUUGAAUCCAAAGCGUGGGAGGAGACAAUUAAUAUUACCAUCACUUUACAAAAAGUUUUCAGGCAAAAGGGUGAUAUGAAAUUUAUUACCAUGUUAAAUGAAAUAAGAUUGGGAACAGUAUCUAGGGAUACUGAGUUAGAAUUAAAAAAGCUUGGAAAACCAUUAUUAUUUGACGAUGGUAUCAUGCCUGCAGAAUUAUUUCCAACGAGAAACGAAGUAGACAACGCUAACAACAACAAACUAAGAGAACUUCCUGGACAUAAACAUGUAUUUAAUGCCAUUGACGGUGGCACUACAACAGAUCCAAAACUAAGAGAAAAUUUACUUUUCAAUUUUCUGGCCCCCAAAACAUUGGAACUAAAAAUUGGAGCACAAGUGAUGAUGAUAAAAAAUAUAGACAGUACGUUGGUUAAUGGUUCUUUGGGGAAAGUUGUUGAUUUUUUAGAUAGUGAAACGUAUAUGUUUUAUCAAAGUAUGAAAGAGGAUGAAUUAAAUACACAGGAAUUAACUGGGGUGGAAACCUAUUUGGAUGCCAAAGUGGAAAAAGAGGGGCAACACGUGGAUACUUCCCUUCAUGGAGGGGACAUAAAGGAUCCCGAUGAUACAAAAGCUAAUUUCAAAAAGGGUACUGGCUCGUUAAUUAAAGAGUUUAAAAAUGAUAAAUCCACUGAAGCUAAUGUGCAAUUGGGAGAUUAUAUCUUUGCAUUUUUGCCUAAAGCUUCUUCAAAUCCAGAAAUAGAUAAAAAUUUACAACGUAAGAAGGAAUUAUUGAACAAACUGCACACAUCUUCAAAUAAAAGAAAGUUACCAUUGGUGAAUUUUGUUUUGGCAGAUGGAACAUAUAGAACUGUUUUAGUAGAACCUGAAGCUUGGGUCAUUGAGGAUGAACACGAAAAACCGAUAGUUUCUAGAGUUCAGCUCCCUCUAAUGUUAGCGUGGGCUUUGUCAAUUCAUAAAUCGCAAGGACAAACAUUAUCACGGUGUAAAGUAGAUUUACGCAAAAUCUUUGAAAAGGGACAAGCGUAUGUGGCCUUAUCACGUGCUGUUUCUAGGGAAGGAUUACAAGUUUUAAAUUUCAACAAAAGUAAAGUUCAAGCCCAUAGGAAAGUUGUCGAAUUUUACAAAACUUUAUCUAGUGCUAAAGACGCCAAAGAAAGGUAUGCCUCCAAAGGAUUUCAAUCUAAGCUACCAUUUUUAAAAAAAGAGUUGAAAAGCAGUUCGCCAACUCCAUAUGAAGAUGCCAAAACGAAUCAUAUAGAUAUAAGUGACUUACUGCUUAAAAAAAGAUCGUAG